ACACUUUAUUAGGUUCUUUGUGCAACAGUGGAGAGGGGAGCAUUGAUACCAAAAGGUUGCACUUGGCCUCAGAAUAGUCCCAAUGCUUUACAGAAUACAACUUCCAUAAAUGGAAGAGAUGAUGGAGAGAGAAGAAAGAGACAUUGGUCAGAGUGUGAGUUUCAAAUAGCAGAGCAAGUUGGCAAGUUUGAGAAAAAGAGAGUGAGGUUUGGAUUGUGGGAGUGAGAAGAGAUGGAUACUGAGCAGAUUGUGAGGAAGGAGAGCAUGGAGGUUGUUGAUGAUGAUGGUCACCAGAGGACAGGGACUGUGUGGACUGCAACGUCGCAUGCCAUUACUGCUGUGAUAGGAUCUGGAGUGCUUGCAUUGCCGUGGAGUGUAGCUCAACUUGGUUGGACCAUUGGACCAGCUACGCUCGUUGCUUGCGCCUAUAUUACGUACUACACUGCCAAUUUACUCUCUGACUGCUAUCGAUCUCCUGACGGGAAAAGGAACUACACCUAUAUGCAUGUUGUGAGAUCAUGCCUUGGAGCAAGAGAUGUAUUUGUAUGCGGUAUUGCACAGUAUACGCUGCUUUGGGGCAGCAUGAUUGGUUACACAAUCACAGUUGCAAUGAGCAUGAUGGCUGUUGAGAGAUCAAACUGCUUCCAUCAUAAGGGGCCGAACGCAAAGUGUGGCGCAUCAGGAAACUUGUAUAUGAUUAUAUUCGGCCUUGUUGAGAUUCUGCUAUCUCAAUUUCCGAACUUGGAGAAGAUAACUGUGCUUUCGGUUGUUGCUGCUGCAAUGUCAUUCACUUACUCUUUCAUUGCUUUAGCUCUUUGCAUUGCCAAGUUUGCUUCUCAUGGUUCAAUCAAAGGGACUUUGUUGGGCGUGAAAAUCACCGGCGAUGUGUCUGCGUCAACUAAAGUUUGGCAAUCUCUCCAGGCUCUUGGCAACAUUGCCUUUGCGUAUACUUACUCCAUGCUGCUGAUUGAAAUUCAGGACACUCUGAAAUCACCGCCACCAGAAAACAAAACAAUGAAAAGGGCAACCAGAUACGGCAUCGGUGUCACUACAAUGUUCUAUGUAUCACUUGGGUGUGUCGGAUAUGCUGCCUUUGGAAAUACUGUUGUUGGGAACAUCCUCACCGGAUUCUACAACCCCUUUUGGCUUGUGGACAUCGCCAAUAUCGCUGUCGUUAUCCAUUUAGUUGGAGCAUAUCAGGUAUACGGGCAGCCAAUUUAUGCAAAAUACGAAGAAUGGCUUGCAAACAAGUGGCCUGAAUCUGCAUUCUUCCACAACGUAUAUGCAAUAAGAUCAUUCAAAUUUACCCUAUGCAAGCUGGUAUUCCGCACUGCCUUUGUCGUCCUCACAACACUGAUCGCAAUGAUGCUACCAUUCUUCAACGCUGUUGUCGGCUUGCUCGGCUCCGUCGCCUUUUGGCCACUCACAGUGUACUUUCCAGUGACAAUGUACAUGACUCGUAACAAGAUCAAAAGGGGACACAACCAGUGGUUUGCACUGCAGGCAUUGAGCGUGGCCGCACUUCUCGUCUCUCUUUUGGCUGCCAUCGGUUCAGUUGCAGACAUUGCGCAACGUCUCAAGCAUGCAACAAUUUUCAAGACUCAGUUAUAGAUUCAACUGUGUAAUUCAGUAACUGAACUUUGUGUUCUUGUGUUUUUUUAGCAUUGUAGUGAUCUAAGACUGAUUGUUUUUAUUAUUCAUGUAUGUCAUCUGCCAAUGUUGAAACUAUUAUAUGCUCUUAUGGAUCAAAGACAAGACCAACAUUGCAUUGAUAUUCA